AUGGUGAUGAUGGAUGAAAGCUUCGAUUCGACUACUUUCGAUACUUUGCCCAAUGAGCUCGUUGUAUCGGUCUUCUCCCAGCUAUCAUCAAGGGAUUUGUUGAGUGUGAUCCGAGCGAAUAGAAGAUUUCGACGAAUCGCCUCCGUUCACGCUAGAAAUCUCAAUUUAGUGCCUGUCCAUUGCCAUGCCAGCGUGCUUGAUGUGGAUGAGCCGCGCGGCUCCGAGCCUUUCAUCUCCUACAUUUUCACCGCUUUCGACAAAGCAACAAAUGAGUAUUCGCGGAGUGUUCGUGACUGUUUCAUUGGGAACGAUUUACACUACAAGGCAAUUCUCGUUCAAUCACAGAGAUUUGGGGGUCUUUCAUUCACGGCAAUGCGACGAAAUGGAAAAGAACUCGAGCUGGGAUCACAAGAGAAAUACGAUGAAGUGACAGCUUUGGGGAUCUUUUCCCGGAUGUGCGUGGUGGCAGUUCGCUUUGAUGUGCAGAAACAGGGGAAACGAAUGAUGCACCGAAUUCAGGAUGACAUCUUUGUGAAUGUGUUGAACUUUUGCGAGAAAUUCUGUGGACAAGUGCGGAUCAAAUCACUCCAUCUGACGUCGAGAAACCCGAGAUUUCACUGGGAAUGGUCACCGGCUAGUGUACAUAGAUUCAAAAACCUUAACUCAUUGGAAUCAUUGACAACGGAGGGAUUCGCCGGAUUGGGCAUGUUCAAUGAUGCGACACUGAUCCCAAUCGUGAACCUAUCCUAUCUGCACUUAAGAAUCACACACGGACAUCGUGAGGAGUUCGCGAAUCGAACCACGUGGUUGCCGAUUGAUGGCAGUCUGCUAUUGAGGCUAGCUUCUUUGGCGCCUCAUCAGCUUGAAGUUGAUUUAUACUCGAUCGGUUUCUGUGUGAUCACGGCCAUCUCCGCAAAGGAUAUGUGCACGUUUAUGCGGGCUUGGCGUUCGCUCGUUCAACCGUGGAAGAUCAGGAGCAUCAACUUCAACUCAACGACAACGAUUAGCGAGUUUCGCACAGUCGCUCAUCAAAUGGGACUUUUUUUGAAAGACGCUCUAAUUGAUGUACCGUAUUGCAAGUUUCGAACUCAUCAUCCAAGCGAUCCCAAUCAUGUGCUCGAUUUGAUCUGCUUUGCGUCAACGGGCACAAUGAAUCAGUGGUCUUUCAAGAGUGGCUACCCGGAAUUUCGUGGUUGUCGUCAGCGGAGUAUGCGACAGAAAAUCGCGCCUGUUCCCCAC